GCUUACCGUUAAAACAAUUUGCGUUGUCGUAACGUCAUCACUGGCACGCUGUGAGAUUACCGCGCAGUUCAACUGACGUUGCCAAUAACACACUGUGUUCUCGAACUCUUCGCGAGUUUUUUAACCAUCGCCAGUUUUGAUUCUCUUUCGUGACUUUAUCUCUGACUCUAGAAGUAUCUUGCAAGCUUUUUUCUUCUUUUUCCUUAAUCGAUCAGCAUUUAAGAAGAGCGAUUUCUUAAUUAUUGUGUUACAACCGAAUUAUAUCAAAUAAUGGCAUCGAAAUGGAAGGUUUUAGAUAUAUUAACAUGCAAGCAAGUGUUAAACAUCAUGGUAAUCUUUGGUUUCAUGUUAAAUUAUAUGUUACGUGUAAACAUGACGAUUGCCAUAGUAUCAAUGGUGAUUCCAAGCAAGGACAGUUCUCACUCGAGCGGCUAUAAUAGAUCAAACGAGUGUUUCGAUCAUGAAAUCAAAAUAAACGUUUCUCUGCACAAUAACGAAUCAACGAUGAUCGCUUCUAAUUCUACUAUAUCUUCGCUCCCCUAUCCGCCUAGGCAUGAAGAAAUUAAUCAAACGAGAUAUCCGUGGAACGAAUACGAAGUUAAUAUCAUAUUGGGCAGUUUUUUCUGGGGUUACAUAUGUACCGAGUUACCGGGUGGACGACUCGCUGAAAUAAUAGGACCCAAAAGAGUUUUCGGACACAGUAUGUUAGUAUCCAGCGCUGUUACAUUUUUAACACCUUGGUUGGCAACUUAUGGCUAUAUUGCAGUUGCCAUGUUAAGAACAGUAAUUGGAUUUAUGCUGGGAGCUACUUGGCCUGCCAUCCAACCAAUGACCGCCCGAUGGAUACCACCAACGGAACGCAGCAAAUUUGUCUCGAAUAUGAUGGCUUCGUCGCUCGGGGCAGCGUUAACAAUGCCAAUUUGCGGAUUUUUAAUUGCUUACUUUGGAUGGGAAUCUGUAUUCUACGUAACAGGAACAAUAGGUCUUAUGUGGAGUAUAGCUUGGUUUCUCUUAAUAUUUGACUCUCCCGCCCAACAUCCGAGAAUUUCGAUCGAAGAACGUCGAUACAUCGAAGAAUCGAUCGGUACUACCACUACAACAAAGAGAUUAUCCGUCCCGUGGAAAUGCAUUUUUCUUUCAAUUCCUGUUUGGUCUAUCGUGCUGACUCACAGCUGCAAUGUGUUUGGUUAUUUUACCGUUGUCAACCAACUACCAACGUACAUGAAAUAUAUUUUAAACUUUAAUAUCAAAGAGAAUGGAAUGUUAUCUUCCUUACCAUAUCUCGGAAAAUAUAUCUUUGCCGUGACAACAUCAACUGUGGCUGAUUAUUUAUUUAAAAGUAAGAAACUAUCGGUAACAUCUAUUCGAAAGAUAUUUACUUCUUUUGCUGUAUUAACUCCAGGAUUAUUAAUGAUCAUACAAGCAAAUUACGGAUGCGAUCGUGUUACAUCUGUAUCAAUCUUUACGAUCGCUCUGACGAUUAACGGUGCAGUAACGGCAGGUUAUCUGGGAAACGGCUUAGACAUUGCACCCAACUUCGCAGGAACUAUCUUUGGUAUGAUGAAUACACUUGGUUCUCUAGGCGGAUUGCUAAGUAGCUACAUGGUUGGCACGAUAACCUAUAAAAAUCAAACUUACACUCGAUGGAGUAUUAUUUUUUGGAUAUUGGCAUCGAUUUAUUGUUUUGGUGCUUUCACAUUUCUCAUUUUUGGUAGUGGUCAAUUACAGACAUGGAACAAUCCUGAACAAAAGCAAAACCGAAAAAAAACGAAUACAGAUAAUAAUUUUGAUGCAAUAGAAUUUGCAUCGCUAAAGGAAAAUACUGUUUCUUAA